AUGACGCUUGAGUUGCCAUCACUUGAUCCCAAACUCAUGGACAAAGCGAUGAACAAAUCCAACGCUUCCAGAAGCGCAAGACGUGAACAACUGUCACAACAGGAGAGACUCAUUGAGCAAAGGAAACAAGAAAUUGAAAACAAAUUAAACCAAUUGUCGUCUAAAGAGUCCAAAGAGUCUAAUAAUGACAGCAAUGACGACAAGGAGUCGACGCCUCCAACCCUUUCAAUUGAGCCCAAGAGUCCACAGACCAGUCAAGUGACGCAAACUGUGGCCCCAAUUGAUGCCAAUGAAAGUCCCGCAGAAACGACGACUACCGCCGAGACAUCGGCUCAAUCUAUUGUAAACAAAUUCCAAAACGACGGAUCAUUUUUGGCCAAAUUUCUUGAAAUGAAUAAACAAAAGAGUGUUAAACAAGAUAUCGAACCGAUUGAGAAGACAGAGACCGAAGACUCCAAGAAAAAUAUAAAACCAAUUAAAAUGGUUAUUAAAGAAAAUACAUCUAAAUUAAAAGCCAUUUCUUCGUCCGAAACUUCAAAUGUAAAACUAUUUGAAGACGAUAUCAAAGAAAGUCUAUUGAUAUUGUAUGACAAUUCGGUGGCAACGGAGUGGAAGACUGCUAUUUCUGUCACUAUGAAUGGCGCCGAAGCCGAGGACAAUAUCCGACAGUCAAAGCUUGAGGACAACCUCUACAGUUGGCUCAGAGAUAAAGAGUCAGAGAAUUACAAAUAUUAUCAGCAAAGAGUGGAAGAGUUGGGCGAAGCGAAAGUGAGAGCUCAAAACGAUGGCCUUUUUGACGACAGCGCAGAAUCUUCCUCUUCGAGCAAACCUGUUAAGAGACAGAGAAAGUCUCGUUGGAGUGACGAGAAAGUGGCGACAAUGCCAUCGGAUCCCAAAUUAGUUGAGUACGCGAUCCAAGUGUUUGGAACCACAGAACUGACUGCAGACCAAUGGAAACAACUCGAAGAUCAAAGAAAAAUGAAAUUACUGUUUGAAAUGCUUCAGAAGAAGCAAAGGACGAACCAAAUGCUGGCAAAGAGUGGAAAAGUAAAGUAUGAAUACGAUUCGGACGAAGACGUGGAGGACGGCACGUGGGAACACAAGCGCCGGCUGACCUAUCAUGUUAGACAAGCUUACGGCACUUCUGCUCAGAGGGGAAACUUUUAUAUCAUGGUGACCCAUCAUGGUAGACAAGCUUACGGCACUUCUGCUCAGAGGGGAGAUAUUUAUAUCAUGGUGACCCAUCAUGGCAGACAAGCUUACGGCACUUCUGCUCAGAGGGGAAACUUUUAUAUCAUGGUGACCCAUCAUGGUAGACAAGCUUACGGCACUUCUGCUCAGAGACUAGAAUUUUAUAUCAUGGUGACCCAUCAUGGUAGGCAAGCUUACGACACUUCUGCUCAGAGGGGAAACUUUUAUAUCAUGGUGACAUAUCAUGGCAGACAAGCUUACGGCACUUCUGCUCAGAGGGGAGACUUUUAUAUCAUGGUGACCAAUCAUGGUAGACAAGCUUACGGCACUUCUGCUCAGGUCUGA